AUGCAUAACAGAGUCGUCACGUCUGUUCGCCCUCAUCAGGACAAGAUGAAAGAACAAUCCGAACGCUGUGGUACGGAAGUAAUCACGGACACUGUUUCUUUGCUCGACCUGUCAACACAGCCCUUCAAAUAUACUACUGAGUUUGGUUCCGAGACUCACACAGCCGAUGCUGUCGUGAUUGCAACUGGUGCCUCUGCACGUCGCCUUCAUCUCCCAGGCGAGGACAAGUAUUGGCAGCGUGGUAUCUCCGCUUGUGCUGUAUGCGAUGGCGCUGUUCCUAUCUUUCGGAACAAGCCUUUGAUUGUCGUUGGUGGUGGCGACUCCGCAGCGGAGGAAGCGCUCUUCUUGACGAAAUAUGGCAGCCAUGUGACAGUGCUAGUCCGCCGGGAUAAGCUGCGAGCUAGCAAGACAAUGGCCAACCGGCUGCUCUCUAAUCCCAAGGUUACAGUCCGGUUUUCUACUCAACCAGUCGAGGUCAGGGGUGGUGAUGACGGACUUAUGAAUGCCCUUGUCACUAAAAACUCCGAGACUAGUGUGGAAGAAGUCCUUGAGGCAAACGGUCUCUUUUACGCAAUAGGGCAUGAUCCUGCCACGUCUCUCGUCAAGGGGCAGCUUGAGACUGACGUCGAUGGCUACAUAGUAACAAAACCUGGCACAACCUUGACAGCAGUGGAGGGUGUUUCGCCGCUGGCGAUGUUCAGGACAAGAAAUAUCGACAAGCAAUCACGAGUGCGGGUAGGUUAA